CCAAAACGCUUCUGUCAAAGAAGAAAUAUUUUUCUUUACACAGAUCCUGACAAAGCGGUUUGGAUUUUAAUUCACAAAAUACAAAGAACCCCAUACCAACGAUGUAUGCUAGGACUAGUACCGGCAGUUCACAUGGAGAUUUUCCUGACAGAAACGGAGUGAAUUAUGUGACAUCGACAGAGUCUUUCGGCCAUUGCUCCCAAUUAUUCUGGAAAAAGGACCCACACGACUCGAGUUCGACCAUCAACUGGUGUGAUCAACUCCCUUCGUCGUCAGCUGCACUGUCAAGCUCCAGUCUCUCUACAGCCUCCCUCUCCAAUUCCAGUCUUUCCUUAGAAUCAAGAGCACCAGUACCAGCAACAUCCGCAUCAGAUGACAUGGAUUCAGACGAAAGGCCGUACGUCUGUGACUUGUGUAACUGCGCCUACAAACACGCCAGCUCCUUGCUUAACCACAAGCUCACUCAUAAGACUGGAGACUUCAGAUGCGACUUUUGCAGCAAGCCCUACACCAACUAUAUGUCUUUGCGUAACCAUAUGCGAAUUCACGGUCAGAAGCGCUACAUGUGUGAUCGUUGUGGGAAGGCUUUUCGUUUGGCACGGUAUCUCCGCAACCACCAGAGGAUCCACGACGAUGGGCCCAACCGUUUCGACUGUCCUUCCUGCUCCAAGAGUUACAGGACAAUGCUAGAGCUAGCGCAACAUCGUUGUACUGCUGCAACACCCAGCCAGUCUGGCAGUCGGCGCAAUUUUGCGGCCACACCUCGCCGUCAGCAGCAGCGGCAACAGCAACAGCAGAACAAUGCUUCCUCCAUAAUGCAAUCACAACAUGGAGGACACAAUCAACAGGAACCUCUGCCCUCCCACUGCGUUUCUCCUAUGUCCCAAGGAGGCCAGGGUGGUGGCGUGACCAGCCAGUCUGUCCCUGACCCCCACCAGGGCCGGGCCAGCACUGUGUCGUCCCAGAGCAACCAGCCAAAUAUGAGGAGCUCAUCCUCCUCCAAACACAUCUCCUCCUCCAGCACUACAGCAACAUCUUCUUACUCUCUUCUCCAGCCCCUGGUGCCUGAGGUAAAGGAGAUGAGCUUGGGAUACACUAGGCUGAGCGCCAAUCUCAUGCCGAAGCACCAGGACACUUUCUCUCUGACCCCCCAGCGCCCCCUCACCACUAUCAACCCCAUUGGCCACUCCCUCCAUCCAAACGGAGCAACAACACUCAAGCCUUCACCCGUGCCACGCACCAUCCAGGCUAUGCCCUGGGAGCAGCGCUCACUCUACAAUCAAUAAAAUUUCAGGAACCAGCAUACUGUCCUUCCUCAUAGCUCAUCCAACACAACACUUACUCUUCGUCCCCCUCUCCCCCCCUACUUUUCCGCAACAAGGACUGAGGACAUCAACCACCAUUCGAAUGCCAGAUUCAGCCCCUUUUGGGACAUGCGUGUGGGAACGUAAAACAAAGUAAUUGAAAAAAUUAGAGUAAUUUGGAUUUUUUUACAUUUUGCCCCUUAUGUAUGCUCCAUACUACUUUUAAGUUAACAUCUGUAUUUCAUUAAUGACUCUCCUCACCUUCUUCUGAAAUUAUUCUUCUGAUAACUAUUAUUCAGACUUAAUUAUUCCAUUACCUAUUAAAAGAAUAAUUUCGAAAUUAAGCAGGUCAACAGAUUUUUCCCCAUUUUUUUCUUUUUAAGCAAAACUUCUACAAUUGGAACAAUGUUACUAAACCCUCUUUUUAUACUACUUGUCAUGAUGCCACAAUAUACAAUAAUGUACAUUAUGCAUAUCAAGACUACUUAAUGAAGAGUACAUCUUUAGCCUUACCCAUAGAUAAAUAUUAAAAAAAAACUGCUGUUUCAAAGAUACUUUACGGACUAAUUUGCCUCACUACAUCUUUUAUAUAAGAUGUACAUUUAUUUCAAGAUGCCUGCAUGAUAGUCACAUUUGGCUAGUGGCUUGUACCUAAAGUCCAAAAGAGUACAGUAUGUUACCUAUCAAAUUAAAGCACUGUAAGACAAGUUUGUUACUUGAUACACUUAUUUAAUAAACAUUGUACUUUUCCAGCCCCCUGUA